CCAACGCUAUAAUGACACUGAGUAUACAUAAGGUUUGGUGUGCUGUUGCAUGAUUGGACAUUUGCUACUAAUAUAUUUUUACCAACACAAAUGUAAUGUAAGUGCUCAUUGCAACCAACCAUGAAGGAACGAAGCACAAAUCAGAGCCACCCUUUCUCUCACACAGAAUUUGUCCUUUUAGGAUUUCCUGGGACAGCAAGUCAUAGGCCGUUUCUGGUAAUCCCAUUUCUGGCCAUCUAUUUGGUGAUUCUGACUGCCAAUUUUCUUAUUAUCUAUAGGAUCUGGGCUGAGAAGAGUCUUCAUUCUCCGAUGUACUCACUUAUCUCUGUCUUGCUUCUUGUUAACCUUUUCUCUUCCACUGCCAUCUUGCCAAAAUUUCUGUUGGGCCUUUUAUUUGAUCUAAACCAGAUCACUUUGUCUGGAUGUCUUCUGCAAAUGUUCACAAUUUAUUUCAUGGUUACAUAUGAGUCUGCUGUGGUGUUAUUGAUGGCGUUAGACAGAUAUGUGGCAAUUUGCAGACCACUGCGUUAUCAUGACAUCAUGACAAACCGCUUACUUGCCCAGCUAUCUUUCAUUGCUAUAAUGCGGAGUAUUUGUCUUGUGCUGCCAUUAAUCUUAUUGGCUUCUCAGGUUCAGUACUGCAAGUCAAACAUAAUCCUAAACUUUGUUUGUGAAAACAUGGGACUUCUGAAUCUUGGAUGUGGCAAUAUCUCUACCUCACUAGUUGCUGGACUUAUAAUAAGAAUCUUGGUCACUGUAGCUGACCUCUCCUUCCUGCUUGUUUCCUACUCAAAUAUUCUUAAUACAGCCAUGAAAAUUGUUGUUGGAAAGGCCAAACACAAAGCCCUGCACACGUGUGGUACACACCUGUCUGUCGCCAUAACAUUUCACAUGAGCGCCCUUUCUUCUUCCAUCGUUUACAGAAUACAGAGUUCCAUUUCAAUUGACAUCCAAAAUCUUUUUAGUGCAAUAUAUCUUAUUAUUCCAGCCGCCCUCAAUCCACUUAUUUAUGGCUUUGGGGUAAGAGAGAUCAGAAAAUGCUUAGUAAAGGCAUGGCGCAAAAAUCUCUGA